UGGUGGUCUCUACAACCCUGAAGUUUCAUACUCCUUCGGUUCACUAUUUCACUUUCUUCCUCUUGCAAUAAUCAAGCAAUUUUGGCCUUGAUUUCAGUUUGAACCAUCAAUGGCGGAAGACACGACCAAAUCCAACAUGGACAGAGAUUUUAUAGAACUGUUGUUGGAGCUUGUAGAUGACCUCGACCACCACAGAAACACAUGGUCUGCAAGGGAAGCUAUGCUUCUUGGUGCCGGAGAGCUAUCUGCGACCAGCAAUUUCACAGCUCGGCUUAAAAAGCCGGAGGCUGAAGAGCAAUCCGUGGCCGACUAUUCUUGCCAACGACGGCUUAAAGUGAAAAAAAAAUUAGAAAUCAUGCCCAUUGAUUCGUCUAGAACAGCUUUUCCAGAAGUUCGUCGGAGUAGGAUGAAGAUGAUGGAAAAGAUGGGUUAUGGCAUGGCAGAACUGGAGCAUCAGUCUAUGUCGAAUGGAAGCAAGAAAAGAAUUCUGAAAUUUGUUGCCGAUGACUUCUUGAGACAAGAAGCAGAACUAAAAAGAAACAGAGGGAUAUCCGGUACUGGAGACAAAAAGAGCGAAAAUUUACGAUGAUCCAACAGAAAGAGGGAUAAAUAACAAUGGUAAGAUAACAAAUUGGAGAUGCAAGUGGCAACGCGUGGUGGAGAUGCUGCUGAUGAGCAUGAAAACGAAAUAUGUGCUGAAAGCCACUAACAUCGGGAAAACGAAAGCUUCUCAACAAGUUCUCUGCCAUCGCAACCAAAUCAAAAUGCAAUGGCCAAUACAAUCUGAUCCCCUAGUGAUUAUCCAUGUGAUCCAAGAAACUGACCGCAAGUGCAAGGAUGCUGUAUUAGCAGAAGCCAAGGCGAAGUGGCGACUUGAUCGACAACGAUCAGAGAUUUUUUUCCCACCUCCAUGCAAGGUAAAAGUUACUGCAACUGAUGAUAAAACUCGUGAAGGAGUACAAUCUGAAUUCCGUGAUUUGGAGAACCAACUUUAUGACAAAGGCAACGACAAAGUGGAAUGCAAAGAUUUCCCAGGCUUGGCACAGGAAUUAAAGAAAACGAGUUGGGGGAAAAUUCCAGACUACCUCGAAUCUAUUGCAAUCCAAGUCGAAAAAGAUCGUGGAAAAACUACUGAUAUUUUCAUAUCCCCACUCAAGUUCUGCUCUGCGCUGCGAUCAAAGAGAUGAAAGAUUUUCGGUUGGGGAUUUGGAUUUGGGUACCUUGAAAAAGUGGAGCGCGACACUUAAUUACGCUAAGAAAUAUGGUUUUCAAGUGGGAUUUGCUGAUAAUCUGUUGAAGAAGAAUUUUCUUGCCUAUUUUGCUAUUCAAUGUCUGCCCAAAUCGACCGUAAAAAUAUAGCUUCCCAAGAGCAAAUGGUUGUGUUGCUGUUGCUGUUGCUGGCUUGCUGCAGUCUAUAAAAAUAUUGGCUUUAAUGAUAUCUACAUUUACUUUUCUGUAUGUGUGAAGUUUAUCUUAUUUGAGAUUAAUGCUUUGUUAAACUGAGAAAUUAAGUAUUAAAAAAAUUAAGAGUUUGAAUUUAA